AUGAGGAAAUGGUGUCCCAAUGUUGAUAGGGAAGAUGGGCUCGAUACCGUCUUGGAGGUUCCAGUUCCUGAAGAGAUGUUCAACAACAUGGGCAGCAGUGCUGGCCUGCGUUGGCAGAACAUGCGUGCCUUAAUGAAAGCUCAAUCUGCCGAUAAAUCGACGCAUUUACAGGCCAAAUCAAACAAUGAGUUCAUGGCAUUGCUCAAGCUUGUUGGGUCUCCUCUCAUCCCCUUUCAGGUCCAAACCGAUCACGCCCUCACCGUCCCCCUCAAAUAUUGUUCUAUUGAGGCUUCGACGGCGAAGUACAUAGUACAGCAAUAUGUAGCUGCGACAGGAGGAUUAGCAGCAUUGAAUUCAUUGAAAAGUAUGUAUGCAAUAGGGCAGGUGAAGAUGGCAGGGUCCGAGAUGCACCAGGGCGAUGAUAGCAUUCACACCAGAGGCAAUGUUGAGGUUGGUGGGUUUGUGUUAUGGCAAAAGAAUCCAGACUUGUGGUUCUUGGAACUAGUUGUUUCCGGGUACAAGAUCAGCGCAGGCAGCGAUGGCAAGGUUGCUUGGAAUCAAUCGUUUUCUCAACCCGGCCACGCCAAUCGAGGCCCUCCCCGUCCCCUACGCAAGUUCUUUCAGGGAUUGGAUCCAAGGUGCAUAGCAAAUUUGUUUCUGGAAGCUGUAUGCAUCGGAGAAAAUUCCGUAAAUGGUGAAGAAUGUUUUAUGCUGAAGCUUGAGACUCCAUCAAACAUCCUGAAAGUGCAAAGCUCACCAAACACUGAUAUAGUCCACCAUAAAAUCUGGGGUUACUUCAGCCAGAGAACAGGACUUCUUGUAAAAUUCGAGGACACAAAGCUAGUGAGGAUGAAGAAUCCCCGAGGGAACGACAGCGUUUUCUGGGAAACAACCAUAGAAUCAGUAAUCGGAGAUUACAAAUACAUUGAUGGCAUUAACAUAGCACAUUGUGGAAAGACUGUUGCAACAUUGUAUAGGUACGGGGAGUCGCAUAAUCACAAGAGGAAGAUUGAAGAGACAUGGAGGAUUGAAGAGGUCGAUUUUAAUAUUUGUGGGUUGUCCAUGGACUGCUUCUUGCCUCCAGCUGAUCUCAAGAGAGAAGAAGGAACUGAACACUAA